GUCUAAACAAACAACCCCUAACUAGAAGUCAGCUUUUGACUCUUUUCUGUCUUGGAUUCGUAGACUUAUUCUCAUCAAGCUAAAGGAACAGCCAACCAAGAAGAAGAGAAAUGAAGAUCUUGGAAAGCAGCCCUUCUUCUUCUUCUUCUUCUUCAAAUAUGUUACAUAAUUAGAAUCUACGAACCAAUUGAAAUAGUUUCGAGAUUAGUGAUUGUGAAUCCAAUCCAAUUCCAAUUUUUCUGUGAAAUGAGUCUCCCUUUCUUUAAGCUUGGUACUCUUGUUUUAAAAACCGCUUGUAAACCUAUUGCUACCAGAUUAAAAGUAGAAGCUGGUAAACACCCCAGAUUUCGCCAACUCAUCAUCAAUUUUGCUCAGACAAACCACAGAAUUACGACAACAGUGCAAAGACGGAUUUAUGGUCAUGCAACUGACGUUGCCAUCCAACCUUUGAAUGAAGAGAACGCUGUUAAAGAUGCUGCAGACCUUCUUGGAGAAAUGUUCGUCUUCUCGGUUGCUGGUGCUGCUCUUAUCUUUGAGGUUCACAGAAGUGCUAAAUCUGAAGCCAGAAAGGAGGAGUUACGAACGCAGGAGCUUGAGGCAAUAAAGCAAAAAGAAGAACAUUUAGGAAAAGAACUGGAGUUCAUUGAAGGGAAACUGGCAGAACUGGAGCAGCUAGCUAACGCCCAAGGACUCUCUGGUAUUUUCAACUUUAGGCAUCCUAAUGGCAAUGAAAACGCCAAAUCAGGGUCAAAAGUUUGUUCAAACAGUGAUGGCCAUUUAGCAGCUAGCCAUGCUCGUACAACUGAAGAUCCCAAGUCCUCUGAUUCACCUGCGACUCAUUCUACUAAUACUAAGCAAGGCGUGUCUCCUAGUCAUUGAACGAGAAGUAGAGAACACUGGCAAAAUUUAUAGUUGCAAAUAAAUGUGUGGUAGGUUGACCUGAACCAGAUACCAAAUGAUUUCAUCAGUUAAAAAAAGUAGGCGCACCUUGGUCAUUGAAGUAACAUUUCACUGAAUUUGAUUUGGUGAACAUUUCGUCAUCUGAGAAAUUUGUUGUAAAUGAGGGACUGGUCACUGAACAAGUUGUAGCAAUAGCCAAUGGUAACUAUGGCUUUGAUAUAUAAUACAUUGAAGCAUUACAUGCUGCAUUUCUGGCA